CGCAGUUACGCUUUCUUGCCAACCUGACCACGAUGUCGACCGACGACCUCCAGUUACGCCAUGUCAUGCUGGUGUUUCGCCAUGGCGACAGAUCACCUGUGCUGCCGCGAUUAGGCAAGAAUAUCGUCAUGGACGAGAGGGAGAAAGCGUUCUGGGCCGAGCGCCUCGUGACUUCGGACCACGAAUCUAUUCUUGACAAGAUGGCCAAGCCGGCGGGCUUGACGCGGAACGAUCCACCUCCCACGAACGCACACAUCAUUGGCGGAGGUUGGCCGAACGGGUACUUGACGCAGCUCGGGUCGGAGCAGAUGAUUGCGCACGGAAAAGCGAUGCGGGCAAAGUACGAUACCUUUUUGGCCGACGCGACCCCGGCCGACUUGUUUGUGCGCUCGACGAAUGUCCCUCGCACGAUUCGGUCGGCGCAGUCGGUAUUGUACGGCAUGUUUCCCGAGCAUUUGGAUUCCAACGACAUUUUCAUCCAUUUGGACGAGAACUGCCGCCUCUCCAUGGGGAAGCAAAUGGAUUAUUUCAACAUGAGCACCAAACUCAAGAGUCGGCGCCACGAGUCCCCUGUAAAAGACAUCGAAGCCCUCGAGCGGUUGGUACAAGAAUCUGCCGGCCUCGAAGACGGCGAAGACGUCAAGUGGUCGUUCCUGCGCGAAAUUCUCGUAUGCCGCAAGGCCCACGCGUUUCCUUUCCCCGACGGAAUCACCGACGACGUGCUCGAGAAGGCGCUCGAGCACAAUGCCUGGGAAUGGCAUGCUACGCUCGGCAACAAGCCCUUUUUGAAGGAAGCUUUCGGUGGCGGCGUUCAAGAAGUCAUGGGGUACCUGCUCACGGCCAAGCAAGGCGCCAGUUCGCACAAACUGACCGUCCUUUCGGGUCAUGACGACACCCUGACGGCCCUGCUCGUGGCGUUGCAGCUGCACAAGCCUGGCGUUCAACACCUCAUGCCGUCGUACGGGUCCAUGAUUGUGUUUGAACUGUGGCAAUCCAAGAUCCAUGUGGACGAAUGGUUUGUCGCCGCCACGUUUGACGAAGACAAUAUCUUCUUUGGCACGCACACCGACUCGGUGUUUUGCCCGUUUCGGGACGUAGAGGCCCUCGUCAAGGCCUUCCACGAAGACUAACGUAGAGGUGCUUGUCGACAUUCGAAAGGCGACUUUGUUCCAAUCGUUUACGAUUCAAACAACAGCCCCGCGGCAAUGUUGACAUCCCAGUUGCAUGACGCCAGGACUUGCACCGCCUACGCCAUCCCGUCCCUGUCAGUGGGUACCCAGGAUGAAGCUCCUGAUUUUCCGACCCACC